GCAGGUGACUCGCCCGGACUGCCGGUGGGGCGCGGGGCCCCAGGAAGCUCCGAGCGCCCACAGCAGGCGAGUGGGACACAGCAGCUGUAACCAAUGUGACCCAGCCCCGCGAUCAUGCGCGCCCCCCGCAGUCUGGGGCGCAGCCGCCAGGACUUGCUCCUACUGCUGCUGGCGCUGCUCGUGGAGGCGCCGCCGGGACGCGCAGUUCCUUGUGUCUCUGAUGAUUUGCCUAAACCUACUAAUAUCACCUUUGUGUCUGUCAACAUGAAGAAUGUUCUACAAUGGAAUCCACCAGAGGGUCUACAUGGAGUUGAUGUUACUUACAGUGUUCAGUAUUUCAUCUAUGGACAAAAGAGAUGGCUGAAUAAAUCUGAAUGCAGAAAUAUCAGUAGGACCUACUGUGAUCUUUCAACUGAAACUUCCGACUAUGAACAUCAAUAUUAUGCCAAAGUUAAGGUCAUUUGGGAAACAAAUUGCUCCAAGUGGGCUGAAACUGGACGAUUUUAUCCAUUUUUAGAAACACAAAUCGGCCCCCCAGGCAUGACUCUGACCCCUGAGGAAAAGUCUGUUUCUAUUGUCCUGACGGCUCCAGAGAAGUGGAAGAAAAAUCCAGAGGACAUCCCCGUGUCCAUGCAACAAAUAUACUCCAACCUGAAGUAUAAUGUCUCCGUAUACAAUACCAAAUCCAAAAGAAUGUGGUUCCAGUACGUGACCAACCACACAUUGGAGCUCACCUGGCUGGAGCCAGCCACUCUGUACUGUGUGCAAGUGGAGUCCUUUGUGCCAGGGCCACCUCGCCCCACUCAACCUUCGGAGAAGCAGUGUAUCAAUACUUUGGAAGAUCAAACAUCAGCGCUAAAGGUUAAAAUCAUCUUCUGGUACGUUUUGCCCAUAUCCGUGGUCGUGUUCCUCAUUUCUGUAAUGGGAUAUUCCAUUUACCGAUAUAUCCAUGUUGGCAAAGAAAAACACCCGGCAAAUUUGAUUUUAAUUUAUGGAAAUAAAUUUGACAAAAGAUUCUUUGUGCCUGCUGAAAAAAUCAUGAUUAACUUCAUCACCUUCAAUAUUCUGGAUGACUCCAAAGCUCCCCAGAAGGAUGUGAGUUCUGUGGAAGAGGGCAGGGAUGGCUCUAGCGUUCUGGAUCUGGGCUCUGGGAGGCUGCUGCAACCUCAACGGGAAGACGCAGAAGUGAAGCGCUUAGGGUAUGCAUCCCAUGUGGCGGAACUUCUCUGCGACUCGGCAGACAGUCCCAGAGAUCCUGUCCUCAUCCAGCGAGAGCCACUCAGUGGAAUCAUACCUACAGAUCAAACUGUCACCAUGUGUGAAGAGGACGUGCAAAAUGACACUGAGUGGGAACCUGGAGAUCAGGAGGUCAGCACACAGAAGGAGGCAUCCAUACCAGAAACAUCAUUCGAGCAACAGGCCAACUCAGGCCCACAAACAUUCCUGCAUUCAUAUACCCCUCAGCUUAGAGACUUGCAGCACCUGGCACAGGCACGCAGAGACUUGGAGCAGGGGUCAGAGGAAGAACCAUUGAUAACCCUGGUUGACUGGGACCCUCACACUGGCCGUCUAUUUAUACCCUCCUUACCCAGCUUUGACCAGGAGCCCGAGGACUGGGCGCAUGCUGAGUGUGCCCAGCCCAUGGAGGAGAGCCUGUUAUCCAGACUCAUGGAGAAGCAGGCUCCCGACGACAAGCCACCCGAAGAAAGUGAAACCUAUCUCAUGCAGUUUAUGGAGGAAUGGGGGUUGUAUGUACAAAUGGGAAAUUAACCCAAGAUUUCCCUUUUCCCCAUCCGUUACUGUGUCAAAACAUGCGAGCGCAAACAAAUGUGGGACCCAGUGAUCAAGCACUUGGGGUAAAAGAAGUUUCUUCAGAUGUGUCACUGACAGUGAGAAGGACUGGUCUCUUCUCUGUUCUCUAGCACUUGUUUUUUUCUGCCUCCUGUGUGCAGUUAGCUUACAUGCACGUCUCUCCCCAUGAUAAUGCCAUUGCAUUAGACGUCUUACGCAUUCAAUGCAUGCUUUCCAGGUUGGCUGCGGAAUUUAUCCAAAUGGAUAUGCUAUGGUCUCUUUGUUUUUGAGUUCCUAACAAGCACACAUCUACAAUUAUUUUCUAGCUACUUUUCAGGUGUAUUUAGUGUUGUCAAAAUUUUAUAAAGAUCUUGAAUUUUAGAAUCACCACAUUUUCAGAAUUUGAUGUGAGAAUCAUGAAGCACUUUCUUGAAAGCACAAAUAUCACUAAGUCAGGGGUAAGGACCUCUGUCUGCUAUGUAAUCAUGAAUAAUCCAUGGUUAGAGUGAAUAAGCCAGGCAUGUGCCUUACAAUGCAACAUGCUUGGGGCUACUUCAAGAGGCUGUGCUUAAUACUUUAUGGGUAGUUGUGGAGUGUACAUGAAUUGUUUUUCUUUUGUAGUAGAAGCAAAAUAUCACAUCAAUAAUUUACUAGGAGACUUUUUGUCAUCCUUAAUAAGAGAAAAAUUCUGUGAUGUUCUAAAUUUAAUUACAGCCAGGAGAGUGGAAGAGAGGAAAGAUGAAGAAAGUCAAUUUUUUGGCAAGGGCUAAAGUGGAGGCACAGCACAAAGCGCUGAUUUAAGUUCCAGCUGCUCCACUUCCAACUGAGUUCCCUGCUAAUAUAUCUGAGAAAGCAGCAGGUGCUUACCCUGGAAGAUUCCAGGGAGAGAUCCGAAUAGAGUUCCAGGCUCCUGGCUUUGGCCUGGCCCACCACCCAGCUGUUGCGGCCAUUUGUGAAGUGAACCUGAGGAUAGAAACUCUGUCUCAGUAUUUCUCCUUCUCUCUUCAUUAUUCUAUCUUCCAAAUAAAUAAAUAGAUCUUUAAAAAAUCAGUUACCAACUUCAGCUGAAAGUGACAAAAAGCUUUCUGGAAUUCCUAAAUGAAGGUUACAACAGUAACCCAAACCCCAUCAGGAGCCCCAAGGAGCCACUGCACGCUGCUUAGUUCCCAACCAAUCCCUGAGCAGCAAAUUCUUCUUGUGGACAAUCCUUCCACCCCAAACGUGCCUUGCUC